CGCCCGGAGGUAGGUGGUGCUGUUGGCCCGACGUCUUCCCCAUUGGCGCCGCGCGGAGAGGCGGAAUGUUCAACUCCUGACUCCGGCGGAAGCGUGGGAGCCGCGCGGGCCGCCGUCCCCGACCCCCGCCGCCGCUCGCGCCCUGCCCGGGAGCCAGAUUUUGUGGACGUUUACUGCUUUGUCAUUAUGAGAUGUCGUCUCUCGGUGCCUCCUUUGUGCAAAUUAAAUUUGAUGACUUGCAGUUUUUUGAAAACUGCGGUGGAGGAAGUUUUGGGAGUGUUUAUCGAGCCAAAUGGAUAUCACAGGACAAGGAGGUGGCUGUAAAGAAGUUACUCAAAAUAGAGAAAGAGGCAGAGAUCCUGAGCGUGCUGAGUCACAGGAACAUCAUCCAGUUCUACGGAGUCAUCCUGGAACCUCCCAACUAUGGCAUCGUCACAGAAUAUGCAUCCCUGGGAUCCCUGUAUGAUUACAUUAACAGCAACAGAAGUGAGGAGAUGGACAUGGCCCACAUCAUGACCUGGGCCACCGACGUCGCCAAAGGAAUGCACUACUUACACAUGGAGGCUCCGGUCAAGGUGAUCCACAGAGAUCUCAAGUCAAGAAAUGUCGUCAUUGCUGCUGACGGAGUACUGAAGAUCUGUGACUUCGGUGCCUCUCGCUUCCAUAACCACACCACACACAUGUCCCUGGUGGGAACGUUCCCGUGGAUGGCUCCAGAAGUUAUCCAGAGCCUCCCCGUGUCUGAGACCUGUGACACAUAUUCCUAUGGUGUGGUUCUCUGGGAGAUGCUAACAAGGGAGGUCCCCUUUAAAGGUUUGGAAGGAUUACAAGUAGCUUGGCUUGUAGUGGAAAAAAACGAGAGAUUAACCAUUCCCAGCAGCUGCCCCAGAAGCUUUGCUGAACUGUUACAUCAGUGCUGGGAAGCUGAUGCCAAGAAGCGGCCAUCGUUCAAGCAGAUCAUUUCAAUCCUGGAGUCCAUGUCAAAUGACACGAACCUUCCUGACCAGUGUAAUUCAUUCUUACACAACAAGGCAGAAUGGAGGUGUGAAAUUGAGGCGACCCUUGAGAGGCUGAAGAAACUGGAGCGCGAUCUCAGCUUUAAAGAGCAGGAGCUCAAAGAACGGGAGAGACGUUUGAAGAUGUGGGAGCAGAAGCUGACAGAGCAGUCCAACACCCCGCUUCUUUUGCCUCUCUCUGCAAGAAUGUCUGAGGAGUCUUACUUUGAAUCUAAAACAGAGGAAUCAAACAGUGCAGAGAUGUCAUGUCAGAUCACAGCAGCAAGUAACGGGGAGGGCCAUGGCAUGAACCCAAGUCUGCAGGCCAUGAUGCUCAUGGGCUUUGGGGAUGUCUUCUCAAUGAACAAAGCAGGAGCUGUGCUGCAUUCUGGGAUGCAGAUAAACAUGCAAGCCAAGCAGAAUUCAUCCAAAACCACGUGUAAGAGGAGGGGCAAGAAGGUCAACAUGGCCCUGGGGUUCAGUGAUUUUGACUUGUCAGAAGGUGAUGAUGAUGAUGAUGAUGAUGGUGAGGAGGAGGAGAAUGACGUGGAUAAUAGCGAAUGACAGUGGAAAGGAAUAAAAUUUUAAAUGUUUAAAAAAAACAGAAAAAAAAUGUAUUAUCUUGGUCUGUGCAAAAAAGCAGCAUAGGGAGGCAGAGCACUGAGCGGUGCAUCGUAGGCUGAACUCAUUUGGGGUGGUUUCCUCAUCUGUCUGACUUUACUUUUGCAUUCAGAAAAGCAAGGCAGGCAAUUAAGCUAAAGGCAUAUUUAUCAGCGAGUGUGGUGCCUGGUUAUAGAAAUAUGUGAUUACAUGCAUAUCAUGUGCUUAAGCUAACGGUAUCGGGCCUUUUCUUUCGAAAGUGUGUCCUUUGUAUUUUGUAUUUGGCUGUAUUUAAACCUCUUCAUUCAGUUGAUUUCGAACAUGUCCAUUUGGAACAAGCAUUCUACUGCCAACUCCAUCUGACAUUUGAUUCUUCCCCAGCAUGCCAAGGUCUCUUUCUUGUACACACACACACACACACACACACACACACACACACACCAAGUGAGGUGAAAGAAGAUUAUAACAAUGCUUCUUCAGAAAUACCUAAACACCAAGAGAUUUUAAUGCCAAAUAGCACACAGCCCCUCAAAGUAAAACCCAAGUUGGUGUUCUCUGUAGCAGCAUUUGAAGGAGACAUGCUCUGGUCACAAGCUUGCAUCCCCAUGCUGGCUGGAAGCAUCCUGACAAGAGCACACUGUCACUGUCACCUUAGGCUUAGCUCAGCCCUUACCCGGGGAAGCACAAGGUCCCAAAGGGGCGUGUUUAGGUGUGAGCAGGCUGAGCGUGCGCUUUACAGCCAAGAAAGGCACUCUGUUUCUUUGUUUCCCAGAGGUACAUAAUAAUAGCAAUAGAUUUUAAUUUGUAUGUAGAAAAAAAAUAAACAUUGUAGGUAGGAAAGACAAAUUAUCCUUCUUAAACACAAAUGCAUUCUAAAGGGGUCUUCCUGUUAAAUGUGGCUGUGUGCCAUCGCCUCCCCCUACCACACACACAAACACACUUUCUUUUCUUUUUACUGUGCUCUGUGAUGCUGGCUUGACAAGUAGAUUCAGGUGGUACUUACUAUGAAGGCCAGGGUACCCAGAGACAUGCCCAGGGUACCCAGAGACACGCCCAGAAGAUGAGCAUAUCAGUCCAAACCCAUCUAAACUAUAAACUCCUAUAGAAAUUACAACUAGAUAAAGGCAAAACAAAACACUUUAUCAUUCUAGCUCGGAAAUUGGCAUCAUGCAUUUGACAAUGAAAGACUUUUAGUGGGCUUUUUAUUUAGAAGCUCUACCAUCACAUGGGCAAGGUGGCUUAGUGCAUAAUCCUGGCCCUCGGAGGCUGAGGCAGGAGAAUAGCAAGUUUAGUAUUAGCCUGUAGGAGCUAUGUAGCAAGACUGUGUCCCAGUGGUGUAGAUGGUUUUAUGUCAUCUACUAGCAUUUCUAAGUGUGUUUGGUCAUAUAGUCUUUUGGAAUUUGAGAUAGGAUGUGCUUCUAAUCCUCAGUGAGAAUUGAAAAGUGCCACGAAAAAUGAAAAGCACGUGCCCCCACUUUAUUUGGUGAGAAAUAGCUAGUAGGGUGUUCCGGGUGUCUGUUUGCUAUGCAGUCUUGGGUAGACUAUUUACUCUCUGAGCCUGUUUGCCCUUGGUUACCAUGACAGGAAUGCUAGCCUACUUCAAAGAGAAAGGUUCGGAACAGAGUGUGUGACUGUGUGGCAUAGUGCCAGGCCAUGGCAGGUGCCACGUAGCACCAGCUGCAGUUAACUGCCAAGCAAAAGAGACACCGAGAGGAAAGUGGGUUCCAUAGCCUUCUAGAGUACUACACUGUCUAUUGCAGGUGACACUUGCUCAGAGGUGUGAGGUUCAGAGUGGACAGCUUUCAAGAAAAAUAAAGAGAGCAAUUCUUAGAGUGUAAAGUAGACAACCACAUUGGACUCAGUUGCUCUUGAAGCCCAUGUGCCAUGGCCAGACUCACCUGCAGUGGGUGUUUACAGACAGGUAAACUGUGACUGAGAAGAUGGGUUUCCCCCCUCGUGCCCAUCCUGAUAUAAUCCUCUGCACAUGCGUACUCUAGGUAUGUAGCCAGGCUGCUCAAACAUGUCUUGGGAGGGGGGAGAGGCAGAGGGCUGCCUGGUAACUCCUGAUUUCCCAGCAUGCCCUGGGUACCGAAAGGAGACAGUGGGGGGGGGGGGGAGCACAGGCUUUUAGAGCUUCUCUCGAAGCUGCCUGGGCACAACUGAAGUCAAGCAUUCAGCGGGACCCUGGUGUCAACCGAGUUCCAGAGAACAGCUGGAUGACAGUUUUGUGGAGCGUGCAUGCUAGUGAGCAGGAGUGAGCAACCAGGAAGUCAUGCAUCACAGAAGGUUAGGGUCUGCUGAGGGCCUGCUGGAAAGUGAAGCAGGGGAGGAAGAUGAGGCUGGUGGGAGAGGUCUUCAAUGGUCAGGAAAGGCCUGGCUGCUUUUGCAGCCUGACAAAUGUUACAUGAACAUGUGCCAUUUGCAGAGCCGAACAAGGUGAAGGGGUCUGUGCGGGUGGUGAGUUCUGCCCUAAAUGUAAAAACCCAGACCUUACCGCCCACUUGUCAGGAGUUGCUUUAGACAUAUUGUAUUGCCUAAUUCAUACCUCAAUUCAUAUUUUGUAUAAAAAUUUCAGUGCGUCAAAAUAAGCCAGCUAGUGCCAGUAGGGAAAAGUUACUAGAUUGAUUCUCCACCCAGGCCUAGGUUGACCAUCUCCCUGGCACGUUUCUCCCAUCUCCUCACUGCUGCCUUUUCCAGCAGUGCAGCCACGCUCACAUCUCAGUAUCCUGAAACCACAGGACUCGGGAUAGAGCAGAAGCAGCCUCAGCCAAGAGCUUCCAACUACUCUACCUAGAACCACAUAAGACGCCAUUGGCCGUUUUACUUCUGCUCCAAAUUAGUGACUUUAAAAAUGCUCAAACACACUUGAAGUCUGACUCAUAUAAACAGGGUCCUAUAGAGUUCUCCCCCGUCUGUAAAAAUUGCCAGAAAGCCUUAGAUUCAAUUACUUUUAUAAAGAAAUGUCUACUAGCUGCAUGCAAGAUUGCUAAUGAUGCUGAUGUAGAAAGUCUAGCUCACUUCUUAGACCAGUUUUUGAAAUGGCCAAGUAUCACUGUUUGAUUUUGUUCCAAUGACCUGACUCAAAGGAACACAAGUCAAAAGUUAAACCCUGAAAAAUGGAGAGGUUCAAAAUGAGAAUUAGAACCGUGGGUUGUGGUCAUAAGCAGCAGCCAGACACCCAAGAACAUUGCUUUUUACCUUUUCUUCUUGUUCGUAAAGCGAACGUGAAGAAUUUGAGGCUAUCUAUAGUGGUUCUCGGCAGAGAGGUUACCUCCACCAGCCAGCACUCACUGUAGGCUCGGGGCAUCCUGCCUGCCAGGGACAGUCCUACCUUGCAAAGAUUUCAAUCCAAAAUCCCCAUAGCAUCGUCCUUUCCCCAAACAAAAUUACGCACGCCUUUUCAGAACAGUACCGACACCCUCUGCGUGUUGGGAAGGUGCAGCUUUUUCUCAGAUCACUGUUUGUGAAAGCGAUUCCCCCCCCCACACACACACACCCUUAAUGUUGGUGACAGGAACACAAUGAAAUAACUGUGUCCACCUUAGGGAAGGGCGAUACCCCAGUAGGUAACUCCACCAUAGGACAGCUCUGGUGAACAUGCCAUUUUGCAGAGUCGUUUAAAAGGAAUUUUUCCUAACCUUUUUUUUUUUUAAAGCAAAAAUCGCAUUUUAAUGUUUCACAAAUAGCCAGUGGGAUAAGGCUAAAGACACACAGCACAUUGCUUUUGACGCUCUGAAAAUACCAAAGACUAUUUUUUUUAAACCACUGACUUUUUUUUUUUUACAUUCAGUGAAUUUGUUAGACUUUAAACACUAGCUGAGGUAUUCACACUUGAUCCCUAUUAAAGUCAAAGGGACUAGGGGUGGGGGUGGUGUUUAGAAGGGACCCAGGCCCAUUUCCCUUCAGGCUAUAUAUGUAUAUAACUAUGUGUGUAUAUAACUCUAGUUUUCAUUAGAGUGCCAAGAAUUUGGCCAACGAUGGUCUUAGCACCCAGCCUGAGUUAAAUACAGAUACUUGAGAAACGAUUUUUGACCCACUAGACUUGGGCGGCCUUGUGGAGCUAGUCAGGUCUCAAGGACCACAGACACACGGCGAAGCCUAACUCUUUCUAUAAUCAGGCACCUUCCGCUGCUUUCAAUAAGAAAUUUCAGUAAGAAAUUUCCGGUGCAGACUGUAAGCACGGGAGCGGAGGCUCCACCCUGCCGAUUGGAGCGCAGCCCGCCAGCUCCCGGUGUCUCGGUCUGUGGCUGAGAAAUGAAUGUCUCUCAGGAAUUCGGGGACAGGCCACGUUUUCUGAGACCCCCCAACUUUGUGGGCACUCGGUUGCUUGUGUGAGAAACUUUCUGGUGUGUGGUUAAUUAUCUCAAAGUAGAGUUCCGGCACCAAGGCAACUGUUCUGUAGCGUGCAGAGCACUCUGAAUUCCAGCGCGACACCCUGCUUUCGCACUCCGAAAAGCUGCCCUUAGGAAACACUGCUAUCCUCCGAGUGUGGGCUUUAGGUAGGCGGCUUCAAUACUGUGUUCAUGACAGACUUCUCCCCCUCACUAUAUUGCAAUGUUACUCUGAGCAAGUCGUAUGCCAAAUGCCAUGUAUAAUGUUUCUGCGCCUGUGUGGUGAGACUGUUUGGUUGCCGAAUCCAUGGUUGGAAUUUGAUAUUCCGGCACCGAGUCUGCGAUGUGUUCAGAAAUCCAAGUUGGUGUUAUACAUUUCAUUCUGAUGUGAACUUUUCUCCGCUUUCCUUUGUUCUAAGACUCCAUUUUGCAAUAAACGUUUUGACAGUAAA